UCAGUGGCUGGUUGGCUCUCCGCGACAGAAUUUGAAAACUUCACCAACUGAUGUGUUGUGUACUGAGAAAGAGGGAACACCGAGAGAAGCUACCUUAAAACAAACUAUGGCGCCCAAAAAAAGGACCACGAAUAAGAGUCGUAAAAAUAACCCAAAGACUGCCAAAUUGGAAGCAUUUUUGGCCGAUUUUGAUGGCGAAGUCCAGAGCAUUGUGGAGCGCUUGAAGGAGAGGACCAACAACCUGCUGAAGGAUGCAGACUACUUGUACAACAUGGCACUUAUCAAGCUGUCCAAGUCAGUGCGUCACAUGAACUGGCUUGACUAUUGUGGUGCAUCUGAAAAACCCAAAUCGCCAGUCCUGGAUGAAAAGAAGGAUGCUGAGGAGGCUGCCAAAGUGGAAAGCACACUGGCUGAAGACCAUACAAAGUCCACCAAAAAAUCCACAAAGACAUUGAGCAGAGUUGAAGAUGAGGAAAAUGUCCCCCCAAAGUCCACGGUGAAGAAGAUGGGUAGACCUAAGAAAGUGCCCUCCACCUCACAGAAGAACAAAACGCGUUCUGUCAACAAGCAAAACAGUGCCAUCCGGAAGUCUGCCAAGAAGCCCCUGUAUACUCCUGCCCGUAGCUUUCUGGAAACCUCCCUCUUGGGACCAACCCCGCUUGUCACCCCUCGCUUUGACUCCAGGCUGCCCAAAACUCCAGCAGUGAGGAACCCCCGCCAUAGAGAGAAGGUCUACAGCAUCUCUGUUAACGGCUCUCCUAUCGCAGGAGGCAGUCAGGAUGUAGUCAUCAAUGUGCCCCUUGGAAAUGGAGAGUGCAUUCAGCUUUUGGCCAGUGAGAUGGACUCUGUUGACUUAAGUCAGUUGGAUGACAACGCUAUUAGGAGUAUUCGGCAACUACAGAAUCGGCUAACGGCGCUCUGUGGAUCUUCCAAAUGACUGGACAGUUUUCAUACAUGAUUCUUACAUAUUCCAAGGUGUUAUGAGUUUUACUAUCUCUUCACUAAGAUGACCUUUUUAUUCUUGCACAAUUCUUGUCAUUCUGACGUUCUUGUCCAUCUGCUUUUGUAUGUGUAUCCUUAUUCUUUAGAUAGAGAUGAAGAGUGGGUGAGGGGAAUUAAAAAAAAAAAAAAAAGCUGUCUAACUCUGGACUGGCAUGCUAGGUGUAGCAUAGCUUAAUUUGGUUUCCAGUUUUGUAAAUACACACAGAAGAAGCAAAGGGCAUUGAAUCCCAGGCAAGGGCCCGAUUAGCCCAGUGGUGUCCAUGUACAAACAACCAGCAGUACCAGUCGGGGCAUUUGUUUUCCUGUGUCUUCUGAAUAUAUAGCCAUUGCAAUACAUUUAUGAUGGCUAAAGGAUUGCUCAAUUGUAACACUCUGUACAGACCUGUAAAUAUGACUACUUUCGGACGAUGUUUGCUUAGAUGUGUACCAUACAAUAGUAUUAGUUAACAAUUAGUAAUUUGUGUGGUUGUCAAGCAUUAUCUAACCUUGAGUUUCCCAUUUUUUUUUAACACUGUGCAUUCACAAGCAAACCUUUGAGCAUCUGCCAUCAUAUUAUUUUUAAAUAAACAUUUGAGGCUCUCACUUCUUAAGCUGUCAA